AUGGACAAAUUUUUCUGCGUCUUAUUUGUUUAUUCAACUGUUUCUACUUUAUUCGCAGCAGAUCCCAAAAAUGAUAAGGUAAACCAUCUACCCGGGUUGAACUUUGAGAUCAAUUAUGAUCUCUACUCGGGCUAUUUGAAUGCUGGCAAAAAUGGAGACUGGAAAAUGCAUUAUAUGUUGAUUGAGUCAAAAGGCCCAAAAUCGGAUGACGAUCCAAUACUUGUUUGGCUGCAAGGAGGCCCCGGUUGUUCAUCUUUUGGGGCAAUUUUCGAAGAGUUAGGCCCAUUCUACAUGUCGCCUGACGGAAAGAGUCUUUUCGAGAACAAAUACGCAUGGAACAAUAGAGCUAACUUACUCUUUCUUGAAUCACCGAUUGGUGUCGGCUUCUCGUACGACAAAACGAAUCCUCAGUUUGACGAUGCAAAUGACGAUCAAGCGAAAGAGAUGAACUACGUGGCGCUCAGCGAUUUUUUCAAUUCCUACUCAAAAUACACGAAUCGUUCGUUUUUCCUUGCCGGAGAGUCCUAUUCGGGAGUUUACAUUCCGAUGCUUGCCGCUCGCUUAGUUCAAGGAAUUGCUAAUGGAACUUUUCCAAAUCCAAACUUUCAAGGUGCAGCUAUUGGAAAUGGUUACCUAGAUGUGGCAAGAUUGUACAAUUCUCUCGUCCUGUGGUCCGGCUAUCAUGGUCGCGUUUCUGUACAAGAAUGGGACUUUCUCAAGUCUGAAUGUACCUCGGGAAUGAGUCGAAUGGGCGACAUGGACACGUACAACUUCUUCUCUUACCUGCGCACCACCAACUAUCUAACCGAUUUUGCUUCAGAUAACUCAACUUGUGGAAAUCUAAUAAUGCGACUUGUGACGGUUCCUGAUGGGAUGGAUGCUGAAAACUACUAUCAAGAUUGUUUUGAUCCGAAAUGGUAUCAGAGCUCUAUGGAAAAGUUGGACAAAACUUUGCCUAAACAUCCGGCCAAGUUAAAAAGGAUUCGAAGACGAGCAGCCAUUCAUGAGAAGGCUUCAUUCUACCAGAGUUUUGCGACAAGCUUUAAUUAUGGUUCAACUGAUCCAUUCAAUGGUUACCCUUGUUGGAAUUAUGUACCUCGAUGGCAUUGGGUGAAUUCACUUGAAGUCAAGAAAGCUCUCAACAUUGAUGAAUCAUGGAUUGAUUCUAACUACACUUGGUUUGAUUGCAACAAUGACAUGUACAACAAAUAUGUGAUGACUUAUAUUGAACAAUAUCAAUUCUUUGAGAUCUUCUUCAAAAUAAAUACAAAAAAAGAUUUCCGUUUCUUGAUUUAUAACGGUGACGUGGAUACAGUUUGCAACUAUCUCGGUGACGCGUGGUUUGUUCUUGAAUUGGCAAAAAGAAAUGGGAUGUCGGCAAGCGAUCGGAAAGAGUGGUGGUUUGCGGGACAAACAGCUGGCUAUACACAACGAUACACUCAUUCAAAUGGAGUCAUUGUUGAUCUAGUCACUGUUAAGGGAGCCGGUCAUUUUGUGCCAACUGAUCGUCCCGGUGCCUCAAGACAAAUGAUUACCAAUUUUAUCCUACCCGACAAGGACAAUAAACCCGAUUACAACUCAACUACUAACGCCGAUCCGAUGCCAACUUUCUCACCAAUCAUUGAAACUGAAACGUCAAAAAUGACUGAAUCAUCCACAACAAACACUGCCUCGACAGCUAGUUUAUCGCCAAGCUUUGAAACUACCACAAAAAUGCGGGUGAAU